UCUCUAGAAGCCCACUCUCAACUACGGUUUCCUUUUCCGAUCCAAGUCUACUCGGCCGCCGCCGGCGACUUCUCCCUGCAUCUAUUCACAUUAUCCGGCGACUCUCCGGUUGCUUGUGUAGAUGGAAGAGUAUAGACGGAGGAUUCCUCUUCAGUUAGGUUUCCUUCUUUUAGUCGGUUUCUUCACUGCUCAACUCUUCGCAUCUUCUGAUCCGAUCUUCUACGAGUCAUUUGACGAGUCGUUUGAAGGUCGAUGGACCGUUUCUGAGAAGAGCGACUACAAAGGUACAUGGAAACAUGCCAAAAGUGAAGGACAUGACGAUUCUGGCUUACUUGUUAGUGAGAAAGCAAAUAAAUAUGCAAUUGUAAAGGAACUAUCUGAGGCUGUAAAUCUCAAGGAGGGUUCAACUGUUCUUCAGUAUGAAGCUCGUCUUCAGAAUGGGCUUGAAUGUGGUGGAGCAUAUAUAAAGUAUCUUCGCCCUCAAGAUGCUCGAUGGAAUGUUAAGGAGUUUGACAAUGAGUCUCCUUACUCUAUCAUGUUUGGACCUGACAAAUGUGGAUCAACAAACAAGGUUCACUUCAUUCUAAACCAUAAGAAUCCCAGAAGUGGUGAAUAUGUUGAGCAUCAUCUUAAGUACCCCCCAUCUGUACCAGCUGAUAAACUAACUCAUGUUUAUACUGCUAUUUUGGGGUCUGACAAUGAAUUAUGUAUUCUGAUUGACGGUGAAGAGAAGAAGAAGGCUAAUUUUCUAUCAAGUGAGGACUUUGAACCGGCACUGAUUCCUUCCAAGACCAUUGCCGAUCCAGAUGAUACAAAACCCGAGGAUUGGGAUGAAAGGGCAAAGAUCCCUGAUCCAGAUGCCACAAAACCGGAUGAUUGGGAUGAAGAUGCUCCAUUGGAGAUUGAAGAUGAUGAUGCAGAAAAACCAGAAGGAUGGUUAGAUGAUGAGCCUGCAGAUAUCGAUGAUCCUGACUCUACUAAACCUGAUGAUUGGGAUGAUGAAGAAGAUGGUGAAUGGGAGGCACCAAAGAUUGACAACCCUAAAUGCGAGGUUGCCCCUGGUUGUGGCGAAUGGAAGAGACCAACAAAAAGAAAUCCGGCUUAUAAAGGAAAAUGGCAUGCCCCAUUGAUAGACAAUCCUAACUACAAGGGCAUCUGGAAGCCACAAGAUAUUCCCAACCCGGAUUACUUUGAGCUUGAUAAACCAGAAUUUGAACCUAUUGCAGCCAUUGGUAUCGAGAUAUGGACGAUGGAUGAUGGCAUUUUGUUCGAUAACAUUUUGAUAGCUGAUGAUGAUAUAGUUGCUGAGUCAUACAGGAUCACUACCUGGAAACCAAAAUUUGAUUCCGAGAAAGAGAAACAGAAGGCUGAGGAAGCAGCAGCAGCUGCAGCUGCUGGAUCUGAUACUCUUAAGAGCUUCCAGAAACAAGUGUUUGAUCUUCUCUACAAGGUAGCUGACAUUCCGUUCUUGAGCGAACACAAGCAUAAAGUUUUGGAUCUCAUUGAGAAAGCAGAGAAACAACCGAAUCUGACAAUUGGUGUCGUAAUCUCUGUUAUAGUAGUCGUGCUGUCAAUUUUGUUAAAGCUGCUUUUUGGUGGGAAGAAGAAGAAGGUAAAUGUGACUCCGGCUGAAGCCGCUGCCACCACAACCACAACCACAACCGGAAGCGGAAGCAGUGAAGAGACAGAAGAGCAGAACGAAGUAAAAGAGGAUGAACCAGCUGCUCCUCGCAAAAGGAAUACACGGCGCGCCAGUUAAAAAAAUCUUCGUUCAUAGGUAUAGUUAUGUAUUUGUACUACAAAUUAGAUUAUUACGCAAAUUGCAGGCAGGCUUCAUUAUUAUUCUAUGCCCAAUUUGGUGUCAUUUCAUAUGUUGUUGAUAUUUUGAUUAUUGUCUUGUUGUUUGUUCUAUUUCAAAUAAUCUUUACUUGUGACAUACAUGGGCUUUAUCAAGAAGUUAAAGAUUACCAUUUUGACUAA